AUGUGCAAAUCUCCUAUGUUUGGAACCAUGCUGGUGCUGGCUAAAGUGUUCAUUUAUUCGACAUUAGCAUAUUUAUUCAUUAUAUUAAUUUUAUUUAAUUAUGUGUAUCACCAUCACAUAUUGUCUGUUAUCUUACAGAUACGCAGAUGGAUCCGGCAGAAUCUUCUUCUUGUUCUCACCUUCAUUUCGGUGAUUCUUGGCGUGUUACUGGGCUUCCUUAUCCGAAUGGCUCGCCCGUCAGAUACCACCGUGCUGCUGCUCUCUUAUCCUGGAGAGAUUUUCAUGAACAUUCUAAAAUUGCUGGUGUUGCCCCUGAUCAUCACUUCCGUCAUAUCGGGUCUGUCGCAGCUGGACGUCCGGUCAUCAGGCAGAAUCGGCUUUUACGCCUGCAUGUACUACAUGCUGACAACGUUCGUCGCCGUCGUCUUGGGCAUCUCUCUGGUACUACUGAUACACCCGGGGGACGUUUCUACGAGGCUGAACCUACCGACAGCUGAAAACAAAUCGGUGCAUACACUUGACACCAUACUAGAUUUGAUCAGAAACAUGUUUCCGGAGAACAUCAUUCAGGCGGCGAUUCAGCAGGUGCAAACCAUUCACGUUCCUGAGGAGGUAAAUCCUCAUGCCAGUUCAGCAGCAACAGCAACAAAUGCCACCGUCAGUGAUGAAAACGUUAUCAACAACAUGAUCACUAAACUUGUUCGCAAGCUCGAAUUCAAACCGGGUAUCAAUGUUCUAGGUGCAUUAGCCGCUUUCGCUCACUCACUCGCUAACUUAACAAUCACACUAAACUACCAUUGUUUAGGGAUCAUCGUUUUCUGCAUCGCCUUUGGAAUGAUGUGUGCGUAUCUGGGGAAACGAGUCGUUGCAGUGGUCAGCUUCUUCGACGGUCUCAAUCAUAUUAUCAUUGCUCUGACAUCAUUGGCCAUCUGGUACUCACCAAUCGGUAUACUGUCUAUGAUAAUUGGACGCAUUGUUAACAUAGCAGAUUUGGCAGUAACCGCUCAGAUGCUCGGUUUGUACAUGACCACCGUUCUCUUGGGCCUGAUCAUUCAUUGCUUGGCCGUUUUACCAUUAAUCUUUCUUCUGUCGACCCGCCAGAAUCCAUACAAGUUCAUGCGUGGAAUUUUGAAAGCAUGGAUCACUGCCAUAGGAACUUCGUCAAGCGCUGCGACUUUGCCCGUUACAUUUCGGUGUAUGGAAGAAGAAAACCACGUGGAUAAACGAGUGACAAGUUUCAUCCUGCCCGUCGGAGCAACGAUCAAUAUGGAUGGCACAGCUUUGUACGAAGCUGUUGCUGCGAUCUUCAUCGCUCAAAUGAAUGGAAUAAAUCUCACUUUUGGUCAAGUAGUGAUCGUCAGGUAUUAAAA